CGACAUGGGCAUCGCGACGAUCUCGGCCGUUCGUUUGAAGACCCCGGACGUGGUGGGCUUAACCUCCCCACCGCCUUGCUGGUGGAGGCUUACUGCUCGCUCCCGGAGUCUCCUUCCCGACGUCUCUCUCCGGGAUUCAUGAGCACUCCUCGCUCCGGCAGUCUUUCGGCCAACGGGUUGUCCGGAAACUGCUAUAUUUGGGGGGAAUGAGACUGAGUUCGCACUUCGCACUACCAGAGAGGGUUAUUUUGUUUCUGGGAGAUCGAAUGUCUCCUUAGUCCCUUUUCAGCGUCCGUGGCGUAAUUUAUUGGUUAGGGUUUGUACCUAGAAGUGAUCGAACACGAGUGGCAGCGCCUCUCCCUGAUAUUUCAAAAUCUCCGGUUCUCAAGAUCACCUGAUGAAUGGCGUGGAGGCAGCUGAGAAAGGGUGUCUCUGUUACUCAGAAGGUGCUGGAGUUAUCAGCCCUGGAACGUGGAUUAAUAUCAUCACGGAUGUGCAUCUGUCGGGCACCAGGUUUCCAUGCUAAGGCAACACCUGAAGAUGCUGAGAGAACGAUGGUUUCAGCGAAACUCCACACCUUAAGGCAUUUUCAUGGAACAAAUAAAUUGUUCGCAAGAGGUGGAUCAGAUGAAGUGAUUGGCUUGAGAGGACCUAGGAAAGAGAAACAUGUAAAGAAAGCAAAUAGAACACAACCACCUGUUGAAGCACCUUAUGUUCCUACAGCAAAACGGGAUGCCAAAACCCUUCCUGAUAGAACCAUUGACAUAUUUGAGGGCAUGACAGUUGUAGAACUUGCUAAGCGCUCUGGCCACUCUGUUUCCUCUAUUGAGGAGAUCCUUACAAACGUUGGGGAAAAUGUCAGCUCAGAAUUUGAUGCCAUCAGCAUCGAUGUAGCGGAGCUGGUAGCAAUGGAAGUAGGUGUAAAUGUAAGACGGUUGCACUCCAAUGAAGGUGCUAAACUUCAACCACGACCUCCAGUCAUAACAGUGAUGGGUCAUGUUGAUCAUGGGAAGACUUCCCUCCUUGAUGCCUUACGUCAGACAUCUGUGGCUGCAAAGGAAGCUGGUGGAAUCACUCAACAUCUUGGUGCCUUUGUUGUUGAUAUGCCAUCUGGAGCAUCAAUAACUUUUCUGGACACCCCAGGCCAUGCUGCAUUCAGCGCAAUGAGGGCAAGAGGUGCAGCAGUUACUGAUAUAGUGGUACUUGUGGUAGCUGCUGAUGAUGGAGUUAUGCCUCAGACACUUGAGGCAAUGUCGCAUGCGAAAGCAGCAAAGGUACCCAUUGUAGUUGCAAUAAAUAAAUGUGAUAAACCAGCUGCAGAUCCAGAAAAGGUAAAAAUCCAGCUUUGUUCAGAGGGCUUGGUGCUGGAGGAGAUGGGAGGUGAGGUGCAAGUGGUUGAAGUAUCUGCAACAAAAGGGCUUGGACUGGAUAAGUUGGAGGAAGCUUUGUUACUUCAAGCUGAGUUGAUGGAUCUAAAAGCUCGGAUUGAUGGCCCUGCACAUGCUUAUGUUGUAGAGGCAAGACUUGACCGUGGAAAGGGACCUUUGGUCACUUCAAUAGUGCGAUCAGGGACCUUAGUUUGUGGCCAACAUAUUGUUGUGGGUGCAGAAUGGGGCAGAAUUAGAGCUAUUAGGGAUAUGUUUGGUAAGAUGGCUGAUGUUGCAGGGCCUGCAAUGCCUGUCGAAAUUGAAGGACUUAGAGGUCUUCCAAUGGCUGGUGAUGAAAUUACUGUUGUGGAAUCAGAAGAUAGAGCAAGAAUGCUUAGUUCUGGGAGGAAAAAGAGGUUGGAGCAAGAGAGGCUCAGGAAAAUUAGUCAAGAUAGGAUUGAAACACCCGAAAUAUCUGAGGAAUUCUCCGGAAGGGUUGAGAUGCCUAUAAUUGUUAAAGCUGAUGUUCAAGGCACUGUUCAAGCAGUGACAGAUGCAUUGAAGAGCCUAAACAGUCCUCAGGUUUUUGUGAACAUAGUUCACACUGGAGUUGGGCCAAUUUCCCAGUCAGAUGUUGACAUGGCCCAAGCUUGUGGAGCAUGCAUAGUUGCUUUUAACAUCCGCAAUCCUCCAAGUUCUGUCACUCUUGCAGCUAAUCGUUCGAACAUUAAGAUACGCCAACAUCGUGUCAUUUAUCAUCUGCUAGAAGAUCUAGGCAGCUUGAUCGUGGACAAGGCUCCUGGAGUCUUUGAAACUACAGUUGCAGGAGAGGCUCAGGUCUUGAGCAUAUUUGAACUAAAGGGAAGGAGCAAAAGCAAAGGUGCUGAUGUUAAGAUCGCAGGUUGCCGCAUAACUGAUGGUCGGUUCACAAAGUCCUCAACCAUGAGACUCCUUCGCAGUGGCGAGGUUUUGUUUGAAGGGUCUUGUGCGUCCUUAAAACGUGAAAAACAGGACGUUGAAACCGUUGGUAAAGGGAAUGAGUGUGGCCUUGUCAUCAAGGAUUAUGACGACUUCCAGGUUGGGGACAUCAUUCAGUGCCUAGAACUUGUUAACAAGAAACCCAAAUUUGUUUCAUCGCAAAGCGGUGCUGUGAGGAUCGAGUGUUGAUAACGGUCUGCCCCAAAGUGUAACAUUAUAGUAUGUCAAGAGGCUGAUAGUUGAGGUAUUUAUCACUGUUUCGGCAGCACUAUUUGCUGCCUACAAAUUUUUUGUUCUCAGAUUUUGUUUUUUAUUAUACUUGGCAAGGAGGGAAUGAAGAAAUGUUGUCGUGUUACUUGAAAUUGUCUAAAGUGGACUGAUUUAUACAAGAAUGAUAAUCCUUUUUGGUGCUUCGGUGAAAAUGUCAGUUGCAUUUACUUGUGCA